UAAAUAGCGUUCCAUAGGACAUUCUUUAAUUUCAGGGACGGCUGGACACAAAGUCUAUUAGUAGAAUCAAGAUGGCGAAUGCUAUCAAUAUUUCGCGAUGUCUGCACAGAAUUUCAAUUAAAUCAGCGCCAACACUAACAAAUGUAUUGACGAGAGGAAUGGCUGGAGGUGGCUCAAGGAAGUUCUUUCCACUUUCAAGUACCUACACUGACAGAAGGUUCAUCAAAAGGGCAAUGUUCUAUGCAGCAUUGACUGGCGUACCAGCAAGUAUUGUGAUUACGUACAUAAAUGUUUUUUAUGGUCCUGCACAGCUUGCUGAAAUUCCUGAAGGAUAUAUUCCAAAGCAUUGGGAGUAUUACCAGCAUCCCAUCACCCGUUUUAUUGCGAAAUACAUCAAACCUAGUCCACAGCAAGAAUAUGAAAAGUGUGCACAUGUGAUGGAAUACGAAUUUGGCAAAGCAAUGGCAAGGAAACAAGAAAAAGAAAUAAAACGACAAAUGAGACAGAGGGGAGAUUCAGAUUACCUUUACGUACCAGUUAAAAACUCAUUACAAUCCCUGCGAACUGUUGAGGAUUAACAAGUGUUUGCGCCAUGUUGAGAUUCUUUUAUGUAGAUAAUAAUAGUAGACUACAGUAUUUGAUAUGUAAGUGUGUUGCAAAUAGUAAAGCAUUGUGUUACAGUACUUAGUUUGCAAAUGGUUAUAUUGCCAGAAUAAACACAUAGUAAAUACCAGA